AUGCCGUCUCCGCCGCCGCCGCCGCCGCCCGCCAGCGCGGCGUUCGCUCCCUCCUCGUCUUCCUCCUACCCCGAGCUCCUCCCCGUCGGCGUGCCCGAACGCGGCGCCCCGCGCGCGUCGACGGUUCCGCCGAGGAACGCUAAGCACGAUCCCGCGUGGGCGCCGCGCGCGGCGAACGCGCUCGCGGACGCGCGCGGGGCCGCCCCCGAGGACGUCGCGCGCACGCUCGCGGAACUCAGGGCGACGCAAGACGCGGUCGCGAAGUCGCUCUUGGACACCGAAGACGCGGUGUUGUGGCUGCAGAAGCUGGAGUGGCUCGAGCUUCAGGCGCGAUUUCCUUACACUGGUCCCCACACGACCGCGUUCGCGCGGUGA